AGCUCAAGCGCAGCCCACGCCCUCGAGGGGCGGAGUUUUUGUCUGAUGGAAUAUUGCCUUGCACUGCAAUGAAUGCAGUGUUCUUCAUAUGCGCGCUUCUGACUGCAGAAGGGCGGCUAAAUGGGAGCUCCCUCAUGGAGGUCUCCUCCGAGGGCGAGAUGCUCCUCGAGAGCGGCUUUGACACCUUGGAGGAGCUGCCGUCCAAAGAUUGCAAGGAGUGCGGAAAGAUGGUGAUGAGGCAUAUGGGUGAGGACACCUGGGUCUUGGUUAUGAAGCUCUCCAAGAACGACUUCUGCUACUCCUCCACACGGUGGACCGACGGUAAAGCCCAUAACCCGGACAAGAUGAUGGACACCACUUUUCCCAAUCAUGCAGAAUACGAUGCCAAGCACAUCGCCUUUCAUCGGCUGAAGCAUGUUGAUAGCAUCCUCUUGCAGACCCGGCGCCCCGCUACCUUCCACAAGAGUCCCAGGAUCGACUUCGAUUCGAAAGGCACACCGCAGAGUCUCAUGACCAAGAAUUCCCACAAGUUGUCCAAGUACCCGGAUUGGAACACCUGGCGACACGCCUUUGGCUCGGAUCGGAACCGCGCGCCCGCCUUCUUCCGCGCGGGGAGCAUCGUGGCCGACCCAAAGCCCAUUUGCCGAAACUCCAAUCUGCACAUCAGCGGCUGCGGCAAGCCGUGCAUGUUCUGCAUGAUGGCAGGCGACGGCCACGGUUGCCCCACCUCUGGGGCCCACAACGACAUCAGCAGCGGCCUGGGGCUGAACGCCGCCUACUGCGGCGGCGGCGAUG